UCUUUAUCUAGAUCCACACCUCAGGCUUCAAACAUGAGAGACAACACAGGUUCUUUAUCUGGAGCCACACCUCAGGCAUCAAACACGAGAGACAAUGCAGAGUUGAGGAUUGUGCUGCUUGGGAAGACUGGAGUUGGGAAGAGUGCUGCAGGAAACACCAUCCUUGGAAAAAGGGAGUUUGAUUCGAAACUCAGCUCCACUUCCAUAACUAAUAAGUGUAGGAAGGGCACAGAAGAAGUUGCUGGGAGACACGUAGCUGUGAUUGACACUCCCGGCCUGUUUGGCACAGAGCUCACUGCUGAUCAGAUUAAACAGGAAAUUGAGAACUGUGUCACUCUGUCUGCCCCGGGACCCCACGCUUUGCUGUUGGUGCUACAGGUAGGCCGAUACACCCAGAGAGAGACGGAAGCAGUGAAGAUUAUUUUGGGUGAGAGUGCUGCCAGAUACAUGAUGGUCCUUUUCACCCAUGGAGACAGUCUGGAAAAUGGCAUGACAAUUGAGGAGUACAUUAAGGGAGUCGAAGGGGAUCUCCAGCAGCUUAUUGAUAAAUGUGGGGACAGGUAUCAUGUCUUUAACAAUAAAGACAAGCGCAAUACAGCUCAAGCUAUUGAACUGGUCAUGGAAAUAGAGGCAAUGGUGGAAACUAAUUGUUGGAGUUAUUACACCAUGGAGAUGUACAAUAAGGCAGCUGCAUCCACCAGUCAAAAACUAGAAACAAAAGAGAGGAAGGAAAGUUCACAGAAUAUGAAAAUGGUGGAAUCUAAUUAUGAGAGCUGCUACACUGUCAAUGCAUCCACCUGUCAAAAUGUAGAAAUGGAGAAGGGGAAAGUGAAGGAAGAAGAGCCACUGUAUAAGUUCAAAUGUAGUUUAAUAUAAUCUGUUUAACAUCUCUGAUGUGUUUAUUGAAUGUCUUCUGCAUGUUAUUUUCUGUACUAAUAUGAGCUUGACUUUGUAUUUUUAUUUGAAGCAGUCAAUGAUUAAUAACCAAAGCUUAACAUUGUAUUUAGCUCUAUAAAUCAGUAUGAAUUUCCUUUUAGUACACCUUCUAUUGCCAUGCAUAAAAAAGCUAAAUACAAAAUGAAUUCUGUGUCAGUAAAUUCUGAAAAACAAAUAAAUUGUUAAG